AUGGGGACCGGUACGGUUUCAGUUUAUAGUUGUAAUGCAUUGCUAAGUUUGCUGCAAGAUAAGAAUGAGGUCAGACUGGCUUGGUGUUUUUAUGGUUCAAUGAUUCGAAAUGGGGUCUCAGAAAAUCAGUUUACCUGGUCUGUUGUUGCCAGGAUUCUUUGUAAAGACGGCAAAUUUGAGAGAAUUUGCAGGAUUUUGGAUAUGGGAAUAUGUAAUCCUUCGGUUUACAGCUUGAUAAUUCAGAAUUACAGUGAGAGAGGGAAGUUUGAUGCUACAUUUGAUUAUGUAGCUCAAAUGCAUGAUAAAAAGCUCGAUCCAAGCUUUAGUAUUUAUAGCUCGAUUCUUGAUGCUGCUUGUAAAUAUCAAGAUGAGAAAGUGAUUAACGUGGUAAUGGCAGUUAUGAAAGACAAGGGGUAUCUACCAAAAGGUCUUAUUUUGCAGUACGAUUCAAUUAUCCAAAAGGUUGCUGAUUUGGGGAAGACAUAUGCAGCAGGUUUGCUUUUUGAUAGAGCCUGUGCUGAGAAGGUUGAAUUGCUCGAUGCUACUUAUGGAUGUAUGCUAAGAGCAUUGUCCAAUGAUGGCAGAAUGAAGGAUGCUAGUAGAAUGUAUGGUAUUGUGCGAGAGAGAAAAAUGGUGGUGAAAGAUAGUUGUUACUAUGCAUUUGUUAAUGGUCUUUGCACACAGACACCAUCAAAAGAAAUUCAUGACUUGCUAAAAGAUGUGAUAGGUAAAGGAUUUGAUCCUUGUGUAGCACAGCUAUCCGAACAUAUUAAGGCUCAGUGCGAACACUGUAGGUGGAAAGAAGCUGAGGAGCUCUUAAUUUUGAUUCUAGACAAGGGGCUGCUGCUGCCAGAUGCUGACUGUUGUUGCUCUUUAGUCAAGUAUUAUUGCUCUCGCAGGCAGAUUGAUUCAGCCAUUAUGUUGCACAAUAAAAUGAAGAUGUUGGGAGGCAAUUUUGAUAUCCCAUCAUAUAACACACUUCUGAAUAAGCUCUUCAAAGAAAGUAGGGUGGAAGAAGCCCUUGAGGUAUUUGAUUACAUGACAAUGCAUAAAAUAUUCAGCACUGAAAGUUUUGCAAUCAUGAUCAGAGAGCUUUGUUAUCUGAAAGAAUUCAGGAAAGCCAUGAAAUUGCAUGAUGAAAUGUUGAGAUUGGGUCUUAAGCCUAAUGGAAGAACAUAUAAACGCCUGAUCUCUGGCUUUGGAUGA